AUGGCGGUCGGAUCCACUAGAAACUUACACAAGGCCGACGUGACAAUCGUUGGCGGAGGACCUACUGGCCUGUUUACCGGCUAUCUUCUACACCACCUUGGUGUUUCGGUGUGCAUCAUCGAUGGCAAGCCGCAAAGCCUGGACCUUGGGCGUGCAGAUGCCUUGAAUGCGCGCACCCAGCAGUACUUUGAAGUAGCCAAGAUUCUCGAUGAUUUACUACCUCUCGGCAUCAAGUGCAAUACCAGUUCAACCUUUGGCGAUGGCGAGUUCAAGACGCGGCAAGACACUUGGUGGGUCGGCCUGGAGCACACCCUGCACAAGAACUUCCUCAUGAUCGGCCAACCCGUAGUGGAGAGAAUCCUGAGCGAGAGGCUGCAAGGUUUGGUUCGCUACGGUGAGCAGGUUGUCUCCAUCUCGGAGCAUGACGAGGGUGUCGAAGUUGUCACCGAAUCUGGCUUCAAGGUUCUGAGCAGAUACGCCGUUGGGGCCGACGGCGCUCGAUCCACGGUUCGCAAGUCAAUGGGCGUCACGUUCACCGGCACGAAGCCCGAGAUGCUCUGGGCUGUGCUUGACACCUUUAUCGACACCGACUUUCCCGUUUGCCCUGAGAUCAUCACGUUUCAGCUCCACGGUCAAUCCCGUGUGUCAUGGAUUCCUCGCGAGCGGGGGCUGUGCCGCUUCUACGUUCUCCUGGAGGGCGAGGUUACACAAGAGCGCGCGGAGGCAUCCAUCAAGGAGCACCUCGCCCCUUACAGAGUGGACUUUACCAAGACAGAGUGGUACAGCACGUUUGACGUCAAGGAGCGCAUCGCGUCGUCCUUUGUGUCGAAGAAUGGCUCUGGGCGCGUGAUUCUCGCCGGUGAUGCGGCGCAUGUGCACUCCGUCAAUGGUGGACAGGGGCUCAACACGGGCAUCUCCGACGCGUUCAACCUUGCAUGGAGGCUUGCUGCAGCAAACCAGGGGAACCUCAAGGAUGGAGCGGCAGAGACGCUGAUUCGGAGCUACGAUACUGAGCGCCGAACGACGGCGCAGGGGGUCAUUGACGUUGCGGCUGCAUUGGUGAGGGACACGGUGCACACGGCGAAGCAGUACGUCGGCACCAUUCAGAAGAACGCUGGAUACAUCACAGGCAUGGGGGUUUCUUACCGGGGCAUGGGUUCGCUGCUCGUGAAGGAGUCUGGGCACAGCUUCUGGAACGCCGGAGACCGCUGCCCAGACGUUGUGCUGCAAACAUUGAGCAACGAAGCGACUCGCUUGUACCACGAGACGACAUACGGCAAAUUCCUGGUGCUGAGCAUUGGAAGGCGCGCGGAGAUGCCCCUCGGACAUGAGGACAUUGCGGUGGUUCACUCAAUUCUGCCACUGGAUAAUUCCAACAAGGCCUCUCCGUCGUCGGGCGACGAGACCACACAGAAUGCUGCGAGGAUCAAGACGUUCCUGGCAGAUUGGGCAACGAAGGAGGACUCGUAUACGGUGGUUGUCCGCCCAGACAUGUACCUUGGCUAUGUGGGCAAGGAUAUUGAGGGCUGCAAGGCGUAUCUAGACUCGCUCUAUAUCUGA